AGAGAGAAAGUUUGUCUUAAGUUUCUUCCCCUCCCUCCUUGCAGGAAGAAUGGAGGAAAGUUCCAGUUCUCCUGUCUCUCCUGUGGAUAGCUUGGGAACCAGCGAAGAGGAGCUCGAGAGACAGCCAAAAAGAUUUGGCAGGAAAAGAAGAUACAGUAAGAAAUCCAGUGAAGAUGGCAGCCCCAAUCCUGGAAAACGGGGUAAGAAGGCCAGUCCCAGCUCCCAGUCUUAUGAAGAACUUCAAAGCCAGAGGAUCCUGGCCAAUGUCAGGGAGAGGCAGAGGACGCAAUCUCUCAAUGAAGCAUUCGCAGCCCUGAGGAAAAUCAUCCCCACACUACCCUCGGACAAACUCAGUAAAAUUCAGACCCUCAAGCUUGCAGCCAGGUAUAUAGACUUCCUCUACCAGGUUCUCCAGAGCGACGAAAUGGACAAUAAGAUGACGAGUUGCAGCUAUGUAGCCCAUGAGAGACUCAGUUAUGCCUUUUCUGUGUGGAGGAUGGAAGGAGCAUGGUCCAUGUCGGCAUCCCACUAGCCCAGCACCCGAUUUCUGGAAGAGUGCAGCUGCCAAAGAGACUGUCCGGUGUGUCUGAGGCUGAAAUAGAAUUGGGAUGAAACCAAGUUUAUAGCUUCUAAAACCUUAACAACCUCAAGGAAACUGGUCCAAGGGACCAUGCUUGACCUCUCGGCUCUAAACUCACCCAGAGAACUGAGAAUGAGUGGAAAAUCAGUGCCAAGGCUAACGAUCCCAAACUUCACUGCAUCUCUCCCAAGAGACAUUCCAGAAAAGAGAAGUGAUGGACAUGUUCGCCUUGGCGGCUGUUGUUGCUGUUGUUAUUAUUAUUGUUCUGGGAUUGUUUUUGGAAAAUCUUGAUUCAGGAACACAUUUAUGACAAAUCUUGGUUUAGGAAUUUUCCCCUUUACUGUGUUCUUUUUUAAUGUAUAUUUUUUUAAUAAAAAUGAAUUUUUGUACAGUUCUGUCUUAACUGGACCAAGGCUCUCAGAAAAAAAAAAAAGUGGAUCCCCCAUUCCUUUCCAAAAGUCCUGCAUGAUUAUUUCAAGUAAGCCUGGAAUUCACAAUCUCACACCCUCCACUUUUUUUGUUUCCCUCCAUGAUUUGCUCCGCUCUGCUUUUCCUUUUGGUAUUUUCUGUUUCAGUGUAUAUGUUGCUUAUUUGUUUUAUUUAUUGAGAUAUUUUAACAAGCUAAGAGACUGCAAUGUUGCUGUGUAUACUGCUUCUCUUACCUAUAAUAAUAAAAAUGUCAUGCAACUA